CAUCAUCAUCAUUUCUCAUUUUCAUUUCUUACAGUAAGUAGUCGCACCCCAGUCAGGAUAUCCGUGUUUGCAUGUCAUCAACAUCAAUCCAUUCAAUACAUAUAUAUCUAUAUCUAUCUAUAUACAUAACAAAACAAAAUCAACAGCAGCUUUCAAUAAUUAAUAGUGUUACUUUUCAUAUACUAUUUAUAAUUAUUUUUAUUAAUUUCUCUACUAAAUUUUAGAAUUUUGUGCCUGACUUUAUGUGUGUGUGAUAUGUUUAGAAUUGAGUUAUUUAUUUCAUUUAUGUUGUUUAUGCUAUCUUUGAUUAUAAAUUGUGUCAUUAUUUCUAGUGAUUAGUGUCACUUAGGGUUUUAUAAUUAUCAUUAUUAUUUUUUUUUUUUAUAAUUAUUAUUAUAAAUUUAUUUGGAGGAUAUUAUUUUUUGGGGAAAAUUAAGAGGGGAAGAAAUGGGAGAUAACAGUGAAGAUGGAAAUAAUAAUAACAACAAGAAUAUGGAUAUGAUGCAAAGAGUGGAAUCAUCAUUUGGGACUUCAUCAUCAACAAUCCCUAAUAAGCCACUAGGGUUUAAUCAACUGGAUAUACCCCAUUUAAAUACGGGUCAAUUUCGGACCCAGACCCGACAAUUCUCGCCCAAUUAUAUGACUAGUGUUGAUAAUAAUAGUGCUAAAAGAGUCGGAAUUCCUCCGUCUCAUCCGCCGGUGUCGCCUUACUCGCAGAUUCCGGGUAGUCAAAAAGUUGGGGGUUUUAGUCAUGGCGCGUCGCAUUCACGAUCAUUGUCACAGGGGUCGUUUUAUCCGCUUGAUUCAUUGCCGCCUUUGAGUCCGUCGCCGUAUCGCGAUUCACCGUCUGCAAGGUCGCCUGAUCACGUUGUGGCUGACGUGUCAAUGGAUGAUGGGAAUUCACACGCUUUAUUGCCGCCUUCUUCGCCUUUCGGGAGAGGGAGUUUAGGUAAUCUGCCUCCGCGGAAAGCACAUAGAAGGUCGAAUAGCGAUAUCCCGUUUGGGUUUUCGAGUAUUAUGCAGUCGUCUUCGCCGCCAUUGAUUCCGUUAAGAAGUCCUAAUACUUUGGAAAGACUUGGAUCGUCUUCUAACCAAAAACCGGUUCAGUUAGUGAAAAGAGAAUCGAGUUGGGAGAAAACCGGUGGGGAAGGUAAUGUAGAAGGAAUGGGAGAGAGGAAAUCAGAAGGGGAAGUAGUUGAUGAUUUGUUUUCGGCUUAUAUGAAUUUAGACAAUAUCGACACGUUAAAUUCGUCUGGAACUGAUGACAAACAAGGGAAUGAGAAUCGAGAAGACUUGGAUAGUAGUAGGGCGAGUGGCACGAAAACAAACGGGGGUGAUAGUAGCGAUAACGAAGCUACAAGCAGUGUGAUUGAAAGUGGUAGUAAUCAUAUGCAACGAUCAGGAAUCAGUUCAGUUAUCGAUAAACGAGAGGGGAUUAAAAGGAGUGCAGGUGGGGAUAUUGCCCCCACAACUAGGCAUUAUAGAAGUGUGUCUAUGGAUAGUUUUAUGGGGAAGAUGAACUUUGAUGAUGAAUCGCCUAAGCUGCCUCCUUCACCUGGGGGGCACAUUAGUCAAUUAUCCCCGAAUAAUCCCAUUGACUCGAAUACGUUCAGCCUAGAGUUUGGGAAUGGUGAGUUUACUGGGGCUGAACUCAAGAAAAUCAUGGCUAAUGAGAAACUUGCUGAGAUUGCUUUAGCCGAUCCAAAACGAGCCAAGAGGAUCCUAGCUAAUCGUCAAUCUGCCGCCCGAUCAAAAGAGCGGAAAAUGCGUUACAUUACAGAAUUGGAACACAAGGUUCAAACUUUACAGACUGAAGCAACGACAUUGUCCGCACAACUUACUUUAUUGCAGAGGGAUUCAGCAGGGCUUACUAGUCAAAAUAAUGAGCUAAAGUUUCGUUUGCAAGCUAUGGAACAGCAGGCCCAGCUUCGAGAUGCUUUAAAUGAGGCUUUAACAGCCGAGGUUCAGCGUUUGAAAAUCACUACCGCAGAGAUAAACGGAGAUGCUGCCAAAUUCUCUCAGCUUUCGAUCAGCCCCCAAAUGUUCCAGUUACAUCAACAACAAAUUCAGCAAAUGCAACACCAAAACCAGCAGCAGUCGCAACAGCAAAAUGGCAGUGCAGCCACCAAGCACGAUUCUAACCAACAGGGACCCACUUAGGGCUUGGAUACCCUGAGGUACUGAGUCUGUGCAUACUAUCACCGUAACGAGUUCUUAAUACAUCCUAAGUGCAUUUGUUCAUUAGUUUUUUCGUUAUAUUUUCGGGAGUACAGACCAAGGUGGGUUCUUUUAGUAACUUUUUAAUAUCUAGCUUUUUAGCCAUUUAUUUUAUUAUUAUUACUAUAUAUAUAUUAUAUACACACAGUCGUUGGUGUUUACCGUCCUUUUUGUUCCUGAUUCCUUAAAUUCUUGGGAUUUGAAGUUGUUUUGUGUUUACAAUGAAGUUUAUUGACUUGUAAGCGUUUAUCCUAUUAUGUAUUUACUUUGCUUGUAUUUUGCGAAUUA